CGUGACUUGUAAUUUCACGAAACCGAUUCAACGGGUGUCGGUCACUUCGCCCGAUUUCCACUUCGCCCUACUGAUUAUCGUUCAUUUUGUUCUUCAGUAACUAAGAGAGGCAUAGGCCUAGGUGCAAGUAAAAACAGCGACGUUUGAGUACCCAAAUAACUAUUGGAGAAUCCAGCUUUCAUGGCUUUUAAAGGCCAGAACAAUGCUUCCGAUUUCCCGACCGCGCGCCGGACCCAAAUUUUCGGAUGUUGUUCACACUAACAGAGACAGUGCAGUGGCUUGGGGUGACUGUUUUUGAGCUGUGGGUCCACACCGUCUCCCUGCUAGUCUUCAGCAUCCUGUUGACCCUCAAGCUCCAGGGGGCCUGGGCUGGUAGCUGGUGGCUGGUCUUCGCCCCUCUCUUCACCGGUGACGGCCUCAGUGCCUACUUCAUGGCCAUUGUGGCCAUCCGGCUCUACCUGUACCAAGGCCUGCGUGCGGCGGCUGUGCGGCUGUUCUGGAGCAGCGUCCUGUUGGCGCUGGUCUUCGUCUUCAAGAUACUGCUGUGUAAACGGCUAGAGGGAGAGGCCGACAUCCCUUGCUCAAUCACCAUGUCACCACUGUUUGCCAUGCUACAAGUUCUUUUCAUACGGGCCUGCCAAGUAUAGCACUUUGCCUCAUUGAUUGAUUUU